CAGUGUCGGCGCCGCCUUCGCCGCAGUGUUCAUUCAUUCAUUCAUGGCUGCAGGUGGAAGUCGGCGAUGAGGAGGUGCGGGGCAGUCCGUUCAGCUGGCCUCAACCCUCGUAUCGUGUAGACAGCCACCGCCAUGGAAGACAGUGUGAGCGAGGCCCUGCCCGAGCUGAAGGACUUAGAGCACAAGGUGGGACGGAAGAUGCCCGACGGCUUACUGCGCUGGCUGCGGGAGGACUCGGCUCGGCCGUCCGGUGACAAGGCGGAAGCUCCCGGUCCCGGGGCCGGCGGUGAGCCCGUGCCCGUAGCCGCUCCGGGCAGGCGAUUGCCUCAGGGGCUGGCGGAGAAGAUCCGUGUGCUGAGGCUGGAAAUGGCAUAUCUAAGGGCAGUUGAUAUCAAGAUCAUGCACCAACUGAUGGCCAUUAAUGAAGGGAUUGAGGUGGUGAAGUGGAUUUUAGAAGAAAAGGGCACUCUUGCCAGUAGGUGCAGCAGUCUCACUAGCAGUAUGUACAGCCUCGUUGAGAGCCAGGAGACCUCGAGGAGAGGUAGCUGGAACAGCCUCCAGGAUCCGAACGAUAAAUUGGAUGGGAUUUCUAUUGGAAGCUUUUUGGAUACUCUGGCUGAUGAUAUGGAUGAAUACUGUCAGACCACUGUAGAUCCUUUGUCCUCAAUGCCUUCGGGUGGCCCCUUCACUACAAUGGAGAAAGAAGUCUAUCCCAAUGAGAUACACAGCCAACAGAACAAUAUUGCUAAUGGCUUCAUGGAAAAACAAGGAAACUUUGUAGCAGAUUGCAAUGUGGAAAAUAAAUUCUCUCAUGAUAAACAAAUCAAAGAUGUUGGGAAACUGAAGGCACAGAAACAUGGGAAAAGUGAAUAUGAUAGCUGUAAAAAUAAAAUGCACAUUGAAUAUGAUGCCCAUUGGCACUGGGUGCAGUCACAAGAUGACAUAACAUUUCUGUGAGAAUAUCAGGUUGAUGUGAUAUGGUCAAAGAAGUGAUACUUUAUCUCCAUUGGAACCACUGAGUAAUCUCACAGAGCCAAAUAUAAACAUAGGGGGUCAGACUGGUAAAAUACAGAAAAUCUCUGAAUUUAAAGUUACUUUUACAAUAAAAGUAAAAUGUUUCAAGGAUCAGAAUUGUAACUCUGAGAAAAUAUCAGUUUUAAGAAAUUGGAAAACUAAAAUGAAAUUUCUUUUAGAUUAGAACCCAAGUCAGUGUAAAUAAUUUGCACUGUGGUUUACAGCUGUAUUAUUAAUGUAGCUUGAAUCUGGGGUGCAGGGUGAAUUUGACAUUGGAACAAAAUGCAGUCUGGUUAGGCAUAGCAUUGGACUUACACCAGGAAUGUUUAGCUGGAAAUGAAGCUGAAAAUUUUUAUCACAAACUCAAUACGCCAAUAUCAUUAUAAUUUAAAAAUGCAUUUUGGUUGUUAUGGGUAUUAAGGGAAGGCUGUAUAUCCACUACAUUGACUCUCAGUAGAUAGAAAUGUUGCAUGCAGAAUACCAUUUUGGGAACAGAAGGGAUUAUCUGAAAUCUUGCAUUGAAUUUUACUGUUAUGUCAUGGAAGAUAUAAUGAUUUCAGUAAUUAGGAAGCAUAAUAAUUGUAAUAUGUUUAUAACAUGGAAAGCACUUCCUUUUGCAGUGUUAGUGCACGUUUGAGGUAUUGGCUUAACCAUUGAAAAAUUAGGCAUAUUUACACGAUCACUCCGCAUUUAAAGUUUUUUCCACUCACUAAGCUGGAGAGGGAAGUUUCCAAAAGUUCAGCAGGUUUAAAUAGUCGUGUAAGCUUAAUAUCUGAGUUAUUCUUGUAAAACUAUAAUUCAUUCUGUAGAUAGUUCUUGCCUUUUAUGGGGAGAAUUUGUACAUACCUCCUCUCUUUUGAUUUGAUGAAGACUGAAAUUCUGUUUCAUGAUUAAAUUACAGGUCAAUACUGUGAGUUAGUCACUCUCUCUGGCUGGGAAUUUUUGUUUGAGUAAACCUUGGAAAGGUUAUAAAGGUACCUUUUCUCUCCAGUAAAUUGGACGUAUCAAUGUCAUUUUGCACUUUCGCAGAGAUUAUGGGCAGGACCAUCGUUUCAUGUAGAACUUUUUUGGUUGGAGAUCUGGUGUAAAUUUCUUGUUUAGUUUUGAGAAGGUACAAAAAUUUAUAUUUUCAGAGUUUUGAGUGAUGCUAACUGGAGAAAUUUGCUUUUGCAAUACUGUAACUAUAAUGUGACUUGAUUUAUUCAAUCACUUCUGGAAUACAAGAUUUUAUUGGAUUGUAUAUCACCUGAUUAUUCCCUCUAUUCAAAAACAAACUAAAUUGUGAAAGUAACAAAUACAUAAUAUCUUCUUUGGAGAAAAACAUUAAUCAAAAACUAGAAAGUUUGGGAUAGUUUAUAAAUAAUUAAGAAUAUAGUCAGUGUUUGAGCAAUCUCGUGCUCUUGAAAUCUUGUUACUGAAAUUAGUUGACAAAUGUGGGGAGGAAAGGGAAGGGAAUAUUUUUCAAGACUUUGUCUUGAGCUUUGGUCCUUUUUAGUCUCAAUAAUUGAAAGGUAUUCAUCAUACCAACAAAUUGGGCAUAUGCAUUCAGCAACGAAGCACUGUAUUGGAAGUCAUCAGGGAUAUUAGAGUGUAGUGGGGUAAAGUUCCUCCUGCAAACCCACAAGCUUUGAGCUUUCAAUGUUCGUCUCAUUUAGUAUGGUUCCAGCACGAUGGGUCUGUGGUUUAGUUGUGCUACCUCUCCAUAUUUCCCCUGAUCUAAGCUCACACAGUACUAUUGUAUUUUUAUUUAGUGGGAGGUAUCCUUAAUGCAGUUAGUCAUUAAUGACUGGUGUACGGUGAACUGUAUGUCUAAUGCAAAGUUGAUAAUGGGGCCAAAACGUUUGCGUUCAUAUUUCUAUUUUACCUCCACACUCAUAAAGCAUAGUCCAGUUACUAAUGUAUGCUAAUAAAUAUUAGCAAAAUUAAAAUCAUGUGCAUCAAUGGCAGCCAUUUUGGAUUAGGAGGAAAUUAUCAGUUGAAUCAAUUUGCAUUUGGAGUGCAAAUUUAGGAUUGGAUUGAAAACUGGGAUAAAGAGUGAUCAAAUUAAUUACGGAUAAACUAUGUCUGACCUCUAUUGUUCAAUUGAUUAUUAAAUUAUCUAGAUAGAUAUUUUGUUGAUAUAUACUGAUGCAUAAGGUGAUUAAGUGUCUGCCAAAUUUUAACAGAAGUAGGAAAAGAGACAUUCUUUAGCAAAGCGACAUAAUGCACUAAAAUAUUAAAGUUUGAUGGUUGUUAUGCAAUGAAAAUUGUGCGUGUGUGUGAGAUGUGUAUGGUAUGUGCCUGUGUGUUGUAUAAUUUUCUGAAUUUAACUUGUUUAAUAAUACUGAACUUAAUUCUGUUUGGUCUUUGCUGUCAUAUUUUAGCUAAACUAAUAUUUGUACAAAACUGCUUUGAUUGUUAACUGUAUUUAAUAUAGGUGAUACAUUUUAUAUUUUACUAUAAAACUCAAAGCUUAGUUUUAUGAUUAAAAUAUAAUCAUAGUCUGGUAAUAUACUUUUCAAUGUUGCUAAUGAGUGAACAGAUAGCUUUAAAAUAUUACAGAUCAAUACGGUUGCAGAGAUAUUAAACUCUUUACAAAUUUCAAGCUGCGUGUAAUUAGAUAAUGUUUGACCAAACCUUACUAAAAUGAGUUCCUUUGUGUGCUUUACUUGUUGUCCUUUUGUCUUUGUGGUCAUUAUCUAAUUAUUCAUUUAUGGUGCCAGAAGUGAUGAGACGUGUUAGAACCUUAACCAGGAUAGAAUGCAAUGCUGCAACUUGGAGCCCUUCCUGCUACCUACAGCCA